AUUGGUCAGGUUACUAAACACAGUUCAACGGAAGAAGGAGACUUGAAAUGAACAAAGCUAUUUACCUAUAUUUGCUGCUUCUGCAAGAUAAAGAUUAAGUAAGCAUGUGGAGAAUAUUUAAUGGCUUAUCAAGAGGUCUGCGGACUAGAACCCCUGCACCACCCAGUCAAACAUCUUCCUUGCCGGAAGAUAAUGAAAAUGUUUCUCGAGCAAGAAUAGUGGAUAAUGAGGAUAGAGAUGGAAGAUCAGACCAAUCUUUCCCAUUCUCUCAACUAUCUGACUAUUCAAUUUCACCAGAAGCCAAGAUUACUCAGAGGAUUCUUGGCACUCCUAGUGAAGCUGAUCUACUAUUGAGAGAAUUCUUCGGGCCGUCAUGGAAGAAUAAGAAUGCUUCAUCAAAUGGUCAAAGACAAAACAAUAAUGGAGAAUGUAGAGAUAUUCCAGAACAUAUUUGGAAUGGAGUAGGAUUGGGGACUGCUUGGAUGACGGCCCUUGUAUUAGGGCGGGCAGUCCUUAGUAAUUGGAACCGCCGGUGUAAACGACCACAAUCACAAAUAUCUUUUGAUGAGAGUAUAACUACGUGGCAAGAAUUUGAAUAUCGAUAUUUAGACAACGUUCAUGAUCGUUUACGAACAUUUGGAAUUCAGUGUCCGAAUCUCGAAAUGCAUCAAAGAAGACGAAUGCCUAUGAUAUUGCAUGUUUUGCCAUCAGCUAUAAGUCGGAAUCCAAUACUUGCAGCAGGCGGGGAUUCCAAUACAGAUAUCCAAGCAAGCAAUGAGAAAUCAUUCAGAAUAAAAGCUGUAGGAAAUGUGCCAAAAGUUGAUCUGAUUGACACACCACCCAAGCAGAAAUCUGUUAGUUUUCAUGAGAAUGUAUGGGAUACUUCUGAUGAUGAUUCUGCUUCUUCGUCUCAAAAUAACACUGACGAUAGCAGAAGUGAGGUAUCUGAGGAAGCUGUUGAACGUUUUGUUGAAGAUACGAAAGACUGCUCUGGUGCUACAUAUAACAUUUUAGCAUUGCAAAGUCUUCAUGUUGGCGAUUAUAAAGAAGCAUUCCAAAGAUUUCAACUUGGUAGCAACGAAGGAUAUGCUAAAUCCCAUUUCAAUCUUGCAUUGUGUUAUGAGAAAGGUGUAGGAACAAGAAAGAAUUUUGAAAAAGCCAUGGAAUUGUAUGAAAAAGCAGCAUUCAAAGGCCACACAAAAGCACAAUAUAAUCUUGCUUUACGAUUGCUAGAUAAAGGAGGAUCAUCUCGUGUUGUUCAUGCUAUCGGGUUACUAGAAAAGGCUGCUUUGAAUGGAUUCACACAGGCUCAGUCAUUUCUUGGUGCACAUUUGACGAAGCCUGGAGAAUUUCAAGAUUUCAAAAAAGCUGUUAAAAUGUUCAAGAUGGCUGCUGAAGGAGGGGACACAAAUUCUAAAUACCAUCUCGGUAUCUGCUACGAACGAGGAUUAGGAAGUUUGAAGAAAGAUUUGAACAAAGCUUUCGAUUUAUAUUCAUCUGCCGCAUCCUCUGAUCAUCUCUGCGCCCAAUAUAACAUGGCAAUGAUGCUUGAAGUUGGAUUUUCAGGAAUGGAAAAGAAUACUAAAGUCGCUGAAGACCUUUUGAAAUCAGCUGCUAAACUGGGACACCGACCCUCCGCUCUUCGUUUGAAGGAGAUUGAAAAAUCAAAAACUAGGUCAACCAAGACACACAAUGCCAUACGUGAUUCAAAUCAGGCCUAUAAAAUGUAUUAUUCACAAGGAACCCCCUCAAAUAACCGUGUCAAAACAAGGGUCGAAAACUCUUAUGCGUCAGACUCUAAUCAUAAAAUAAUACCCAAAGAUGACGGAAUAAGUUUCACACUUACAGGCACUGAUGUAUUGCAGUCUGGUGUACCAUCAACACAAUCUUAUUCAAAUGUCAAUAUACUGGAUCACUCUACAAUUUUUUCACUCAAUGUUUUACAGAAUUCAUCCGUCCAGUUGAAUUUAAAUAAGAGCAAAAACAUUCCUAGAUUACCAAAUGACCCCAUCACCGGAAUCGUACAGGAUUACCUCGGCUUAAGAAGGGUUUCUACAACCCCUGCUAAUUUAUGCUACCAUUCUCCUCUCAUGGCAGGUCCAGUGAACCCUUUUUCACUUGAAGUGUAGCUCUGAAUUGCAAGUUAACCUUUUUUCUAUGUUUCAUUUAAGAAAUUUUGCAUGGUCUGUUAACCAUAUGCGAACAGACUGGAAAUUGUCGCACAUUACCCACAUACUGGGCCCCAUCCUUGGGAAGCAUUUUUUAUUUGCUUCAGUCGUUCAACCAAAUAACCAUUUUUCAUGCAUCAGUUAUUUUGAUGCCUCCGCCAGUUCAAUUUUUUAUUUUUUUAUCAUUGUUUCAAGUGCCUCUAUUUUGUGUGAUAAGUCGUCUUCAGUCGGACGAUCUUAAUUAGGGUAAACAAACACUGUCGCGCAGAUGUCUGAUGACUCUUGAAAGCAGAUAAAGAACCCUCUUAUAACCUCACUGUUUCACUUCAAUCAAUUUGUAGAUUAUUUUCUACCACUUCAGCUGUUUGCAAUUUACAAUCGUAAAUAAUGUCGUAAUGUUGCUUUUGAUAAACUAAUUUAUGAAUCAACUUCUUGCCAACUCAACUUUAUUGCAUGACUAAACCUGAAAAUAUCAUUUGUAUGAGAAGAUAAUUGAUUUUUCAGUUCUGAAAUUAUUUGAAGGAUUUGUGUCACUUGAAUAUCUUGUAGCAAUUUUAUUAAAUCCAAGUGUGUUAUCAGGGAUGCUCAUAUGUGAAUAUGAUAAUUCUACAUUUGUCAACUAUUUUACCUGAAUGGACAUUUGGAUCAUUUUGAAAAUCGUUAUUUGUCGGGAAUAUAAUGCCUCUUUCAUCAAGGACUGGACUAAUCAUUGUCAAAGAUGGAAGUGUCCCAGAGAAAGCUAUCGUGUAUCUCUCUUUAUUAUUCUCUCAAAAGUAUGGACAUGUUUCCUUAGUUAGAAUUGAUUACAUCAACAAUUACAUGAGUUGCAAAUGCUCUAAAUUCAAUUUUGCAACAGAAAUUCAGUAGAUAUCAUUUGAAAUGGAUGCUUGAUAAUACAAAAAGACAUGAUAAAUAAUUCAUUUUGUGAUGUUUAUAAGCAGUUAAAUUGCAAUCAUAAUAAUGUCAAUAGAUAGCAUGGCUAUAAUACUCUACAGUUACCUUUUUUAUGUGAAUUAUGUCUUUGUGACCCCAAUAGGUAGACAACAAAUAUUGACACUUACAUAUGUCUGCAGGAAACUAUUUCUUUCCAUAUUAAUUUUUGUAUUAAAAUGCUAAAAUAACUUUUAGCUUCCUCUGGAAUUAGUAGAGUAAUGUUUGUUACCAGUGUUUUAUCCCGUUUUCCGAAGGUGUUCUCUCAGAAAUUCCGGGAUAAUAUGUUUCCAUGGAGGGAAUAAUCCCAAGUUCCUGUUGUAUUUGAAAAAUACAAUUUUUAUGCCAGAAAUGAUUUGUUGGUACUACAAAAUUGUGUGUUUUUUUACUAAAUCAUUCUUUGUAUUUCGUUAAUUUGAAAAACGAAAAUAAAAUGUGUCUGCAUUA